AUGUGUCAGCGUACAAAAUUCGAAGAGAGAGAUGCAUGCCAAGGUAAAGCACCAUGUGAUGUAGCAGGAUUGGUCGGCCUGCCUCUCAAAUGCCUAUAUAAGGCUAACCCACCCCGAAUCGAGUUUUGGUACUCCACAAUGCAGGACACGACAAAAGGUAUAGAAACCAGUAUAAUCACUGGACCACUCAGUGAUGAAUAUUACAAUUCAAAUGGUCUUCUGACAAAUUUGCUACUCGGAGACAGGGUUUUCAACAUGAAGGUUGAUGCUGCCUCCAUAACGGCAGUCAUUUCCUUCCAAACUGUGGGGAAUGAAGUGGGAACAGUGACACAGCUAUCGUUGGCUUGCCUCCAAGCCACAGUUAUCAAGUUAGCAUCGGUACUUCGAGAAAGGCUGGUACCGCUUUUGCACCAACGAAGUCUGGAUCUGGCUUCUGAAAAAGGGCAGAGCAGGACUUUUCUGGCCACCUACAUUACUACGGGAAUCAAUCGUGUCUUUCUCCAGCUUGCGUGUAUGCGUUUGUGUCUGGCCUACAUUCCAAUGGAUAGCAACCUCUCCGAACAGCGAAUAGCCAGUAUCACUGAGUCCUUUUCUCCAAUAGCCUUCAUCACUGAUGAUGAUAGCGUCAGACCUGAACUUGGCCAAGUUCCUCUGUUCGCCUUUUCCAAACUACUCAGCCUGGCCGAAGCGAGCUGUAGCAAAAGCGUGGUGCCACUUUUCAUGGGCAUGACAAACCCCGUAAUUCUACUACUUUUCACUUCUGGGAGCACUUCACCAAUUCCAAAAGGCGUUCCAUUGCGAAAUAGUCAACUAGCCAAUCGUCUUUGUUGGCAGUGGGGUCCCACAUCACCCUUGGCUGAAAUAACUGGCCCACGUCUUGCAAAAACCUCCUGGCUCUUCGUAGACGCCUUCACAGAAAUGUUUGGGCCUCUACUAGGUGGUCAAACUGUCGUUGUUUCUGGAACAUCUAUUGUCACGAGUGAGCGACUUGUCUCCGACGUAGACUUCCUUGGACGUUUGGUCAGUCGACUUCAGAUCGCCCAAAUCACCAGCGUGCCCGCACAGCUGGAGUCUUGGAUGAAGCAGUUGGACAGGGGGUCUGAAGCAUUUAGAUCUCUCCGAGCUAUCGUGUCCAGUGGGCAGAUACUGACCUUCACUCUGGCAACUAAAGUGUUUGAGGUGUUUGGCCAUCGACCACUGCGGUUGUUGAACCUAUAUGGAAGCACGGAAGUAGCUGGGGAUAUCACUGCGGUGGCAUUUGAUAGCAAAGAAGAGAUUCAAUCUGCAGCAGUGAAGUUACCUGCUGGUGGUCUUGUGCUGCCUGUAGGAAUACCGAUUCCAAACGUCGAGAUAUACGUGGUCAGUGAAAACUGUAGGGAAGGUUCAAUUUACGUCGUAGACAAAGGCAAAGAAGGUGAGGUGUUAGCGUCCGGUGCUGCAAUUCUUGUGGAGGAACCAAUCACGGCUGAUCAGGCUCCGAAACGGACUGCUUCUCUGAUAGCCAAUUCCUUGUCCACACGGUCCUGUUUCUCACGCGUCUUUCGCACUGGUGACGUGGGAUUCGUCUGUCCGACGAACGGUUACCUUUACAUCACCGGACGCGUGGAUGACAUGGUAAAGGUAAAUGGCGUAAAGAUCUGCGUUGGCAACAUUGAUGAACUCUUGACCAGACUCCGAUGCGAGGGCGGGGUAUUUGCCGGUCUCGGUACGACUUUGACCAUUCCUCUGGAGAAGGGCGAGACGGACACGCGUCUGGCCUGCUUCUACCAGCGUGAAAACAUUACUGACAAUGCGUUCACCAACGCUGAUCUUGCCGAGGCCGUGAGAACUCACUAUUCGGCCUUUCUUAAUGUCACCUUCGUGGAGGUGCCCUCAUUCCCUAUUCAAAAGCAAUCAGGGAAGAUUGACAAGGUGAGACUGAGACAAGACUUUCAGAGCGGUCACUAUGACCAUGUGACGCGUCCUGCCGAUAAUAGCAUUAGGGCCAUGGCAACGGCAGCUGACAACCAACGUGAGGCUAUUCGGAGGAUGUUUGCAAAGCACCUCAGUCUAUCCGAGGCUGAUGGAGAACCCAGCGACGAGAAGGACUUCUUCCUCAUUGGAGGGGAUUCAAUAACGGCAGCAAUUAUAGUAUCAGAAUUACGGAAGCAGGGUUUUGGAGUAAGUCUAAACGACUUCGCAGCGAAUAAGAAAAUUGGCAAAAUCUUGGACAUGCUCAUGAGUCAGCGUCACCUGUGUCAAGGGCUGCCACAUUUAGGCCUCAAGAAACGACUAUUCAUCCGCGAAUAUCAACCCGGAAAAACAUUCCCUGAUCAACCUUUCCACGAUGCUUACUGUAGGGAGGUAAUUGCCGAAAUUAUUGCCGAAUCCUUUGUACAUCGCGAUCCUCUGUCACAAAUGAUUGGUCUGAGCAAAAAGACAAUGCGCCAAAAUGUUUUUGGUCGAUUGAAGCAAUUUGAAAAUAUGCCAGGACUUGCCUACGUAGCGGGGUUUACCGAAGGUGAUCCUGACGGCCCACUUGAAGUCCUGCUUCCUGAUAUCUGUGCAGUGACAAUUGGCUUUCCAGCUUCCAGUCCACCCUCACCAGGAGUUGAAGAUCCCAACUACUACCACUUAGAGGAGGCUUUUGAAAUCUGUAAUACCGAGGCUGGUAAACUGGAAGAUGCUAGUAAAUGCUUCUCCUCUGGAUUACUUGGCGCAAGACACGACAACACAGAUGGUGGAGAAAGAAUCCAACUUUUGAUCCUUCUAGAGGAAGCAUUCAUUGAUGGUGUUAAAAGAAGUGGGUACACGGAAAUUCGAUCCGUUAACACAUCUGUAGUGACACAGGCUAUGGCAGAAGAAUUAGGCUAUGUUCACAACUGCACUCUGAAUCUUGCCAGUAUUUUGGAAGCCCGUGGAGUCAAAUGCAAUCAGAAAAGCCUGAUUUGUAAAGUAUCCACGCUCCAUUUGUGA